AUGUCCCUCCAGGAGAUGGAGGUCAACGCGGCGCUCAUCAUCCCGGCUGGCAGUGAUACUAUUGCCACAGUCCUUUCAGGCACCCUUUACUUUCUCCUUAAGAACCCUGCUACGCUCGCUCGUUUGCGCAUGGAACUCGACGCCGCCUGUCCACAGGAGUCAGACAUCACCAUGGACCGACUCGCUGGGUUGCCUUAUCUGCGCGCCGUUAUCAACGAGGCCUUACGCAUGUACCCGCCACUGCCCUCAGACCUGCGUCGUGAGGUACCCCCAGAAGGUGCGGUCGUUUGCGGUCACUUCAUUCCCGGCGGGACGAUCAUGACCGUCUAUGCCCUGGCCGCGUACGAUAACCAAGUCAAUUUUGCUCAGCCCCGCGUUUUCACCCCGGAGCGCUGGUUGACGACCGACGAGCGGCCCGACUGGACGCGCCAGGACCAUUUGGAGGGUUGCCAACCGUUCUCGAUAGGGCCACGCAAUUGUAUUGGGAUGAACCUAGCCUAUGCAGAGACAAAGCUCGUCCUGGCUCGGCUGUUAUACCGCUUCAACAUGGAGCUGGCGGAUGAUGCAUUCGACAUCAGCAAGCAACGUGUGUACAUCAUGUGGCAAAAGCCACCGCUAAGAGUAUAUUUGAGUCGGAGGUAG